AAAAAAAAAAAAAAAAACAUAAUGGAGGCAAGUGACACAAAUACCCCUAUUUCUUCUUCUCAGUCUCCAACAUCCUCAUCUUCUCUUCCACCUCCGCCGCAAGUGAUAAUGAGUCCUUGCGCUGCUUGUAAAAUUCUUCGGCGGAGGUGUGCGGAAAAAUGUGUGUUGGCCCCUUAUUUUCCUCCAACUGAACCUGCCAAGUUCACCACCGCUCAUAGAGUCUUUGGAGCCAGCAACAUCAUCAAGUUCUUGCAGGAACUUCCGGAGAGUCAAAGAGCUGAUGCAGUAACAAGCAUGGUUUAUGAAGCAGGUGCAAGGAUAAGAGAUCCGGUUUACGGUUGCGCCGGCGCCAUUUGCCAGCUUCAGACGCAAGUGAAUGAGCUUCAAGCACAGUUAGCGAAGGCUCAAGCUGAGAUUGCCAACAUGCAGUUUCAACAGGCCAAUAUGGUGGCUCUUCUUUACAUGCAAAUGGCGGAGGCUAAUAAUAAGGCUACCGCCACCACACAAGAACCGCCACCGUCACCGCAACAAUCCGUGGACAACUUCAUUGCAAGCCCUCCUCACAUCAACAAUAAUCUCAACUUCUUUGACGACAACAACAACACUAGCCUCAACUCCAUGUGGGAGCUUUUUGGACAUGACCAUAUCACUACGUUUUAAAAUAUGAAUUUGUUACGUUAAUAAUUCAAUGUACUUUGAUAUAUAUAUAAUUUAUAUCCAAUUACAUUGAGUUAUAAAUGUACCAAAUUUUUUAAUGUUCCGAUGACAAUCUCCUAAGGAGAAGUUGAAGGAAUGUUAAUCAUUUAUCAGAAUUAAGUAGCUAGAGCUAAUAAAAAAAGGUAACUUUGACUUGGUAGCUAGUUAGGUUAAUUAGUUCCGUUUGUGAGGAAGAAGAAUAUUUUGGACGGAGUAAGCAGCUAAUUAAGGAGUGUAACUUUGGAUUUAGGCACGUUGGAAGCAACUUAUCUUGAGGAACAAUCGCCUGCCCUCCUUUUUUUAUUUUAUUUUACCAAAAGCUAAUAAGCUUUUGAUUAUAUAUAUAUAUAAGUUGUUUUCAAACAUAAAAAAUAAAGUUAUCCAAUUACACUUGUUGGCUUGUUCUGUUUGUAUGUGCAAGAAGGCAAAGAAAUGAAAUGGGUCUCACAAGCUAGAUUAUUGUGGAUUU